CCUUGUGAGUUAAUGUAGCCACAUUUUUAGUUUUUCUCAAGUGAAAUAUUAAAAACAGUUUGUAUACAUCACACUUAAUUUUUGGAUUUUGUUGAACUUUUUCUAGUGGAAAUCCAAAUUAAACUGACCAAAUCCCUGUGCUGAACCAGAUUUCCAGAAAACCAACAGAACAAAUUAUGUUUUUCAAUAACCAAUUGUUUACCCUGAAUAACACUGAGUUACUCUUUAUGUCUCUAAGGAUUUGUGGGUGGUUCAUACUUUUUAAGGACAUGGACAUAAGAACAUAUUAAGAGAUUAAAUAAAUGGUAAAUGGCUUGUAUUUGAUAUAGAGCCUUCUGUGGGUUUGGAACCCCCAAAGGUACUUUAACUCGGUCGAUUCAUUCACACCCUGGUGGUGAUGAGCUACAUUGUAGCCACAGCUGCCCUGGGACAGGACCUGCUGAGAAUAAAUGUGAACUGAAAAUAGACUUUUGAUUAUCCACCAAAAGAAAUAAGACCUGCAAACGAUGAAAAUUCCAUAAAAUGAAUAAAAACCUUGUUGAGACUUGAACAGUUGGUGAAACAAGAAAAUGUUAGAAUUUGAUAAAUUAAAGGUUGUAAACUGAAAAUUAAUGAGUCCUCAUUAUAUUUAAUAACUAAAAUUAUAAUUUCUCAUUUGUCACAAGUGUCUAAAACAAAAAAAUCUGCCAGACUAAAGUUGUAUAUUCUAGUGUGUUUUCACUUUUCUUGUGUAUGGCUUUAUAAAUAAACUUAGUGGAAUGAUUAAAGAAAUAUGGACUUUUAAGAGUUUACCUAUUAGCAAUAUCACACUGGCUGUAUAACACGUUCGUAUAUUUAAAACGCUGUAAUACUUCCUUUGUAUAAUAUUUUGUUUUACAGUAAUAUUUAUAUUACUAAACCUGUCAGUUUGGGAGUGCAUUAUUACUACAACGGGAAAGGACCCAGCCUCCUAUUGGCCUUAUUUGCUGCCAAUCAAAUAAAGCCUGUUUUCUAUUGGCUGUUGUUUGUAUCAAUCAUCUUUAAGGCGGGUGAUGGACCGUCCAGUCGCUUAUGGAAGAAUGGUGAAUAUCCCCUUUGCUAUUGGUUGAUUUCGCUGUUAAUCGUCUAGUUUAUUUUUCAUUGGUUGUUGUAGCUGUCAAUCACAAGAAAGGCGGGAGCCAGAAUGGAAGAAAAUAGAAAGUUUCCAAGAUGGCGGUGAAGACCUGGCUGUGAGCUGGAAAACAAAAGAAGCAGCGUAGAGGGACACAGCUAGCCCGGUGUGACUCGCCCUGAACACACACAUCCCUAUCCGGGCUCGGCUAGGGGGAGGCUUAUCCGUGGAAGUUACUGUAUUUGUUUAGGCAUGAAGAUAUAAAAUAUUCCAGGGGUAGCCACGGUUAGCCAUUCGAACCCAAACAGCUCCAAGGAGGCGGAGAACCCACUGCUCACCGGACAGAUGCUUUAGAAAACCCGGACAGGGACACUCUCCCGUGAGUGACUGAAGGCCGUUAGAGACAAAGGUCGCCACCAUGGAGCCAGCACAGGAGUCUUUGUAAAGGGCCAGGGGGGUGUAUAAGCGCCUAGAGCGAGAAAGAGCCAAAUUCAGCAUUUUAUGGACGAAACCUGAGCUGGGAGUUUACAACAAGUCUUUAUUGAUGAUGGCGGAUUUUGUUACACCGCGACACAGCGCGGUGAUGGAGCGGCUCCGUCGGAGGAUCGAGCUCUUCCGGCAGCAUCACAACAGGUGCGAAACCCGCUACGACAACGCAACGCAUGAGCGGAUGGACCUGGAGAGGCAGCAGACCCUCAGCCUUCACCAGCGCUUACUGCAGACCAAAGCCAAGAGGGCCAGCAAGCACCGACAACCCCAGCCGAGCGGCGACCAGGCCAGCCAGAGAGCACCGGGCGCCGGUGGUGGUGGCUCAGAGCCCGGGGAGGGCGGAGGAACGGCGGCGGAGCAAAGCCGGAACUCCACCUUAAUAGCGCUACAGGAGAGGGUGAAGAGGAAGCUGGACAGUGCUGGUUCUCCUCCAGGGGUAGAUCCAGUCAACGGUUUCAACGAUGGCUUCCCUCCCAGCAAAAAAGCCUCUCUGGACAAUGGCACGGCCAAUGGCUCCCCGCUGGACUCCAAAUUGGUGAUCAAUGACUCACUGAACCUGAACGGGGCCCACAGGCCCUCUGGGGAACCGAUGGAUGGUAGCGGGGAGCCCGAUUUUCCCUGGAAGGAGCUGAAACAGGAGCCGGAGGACAUCUUACCCAUCAUGCCUCAGUUUGAAGUUGGGAACAAUAACCUAUUCCCAGACCUGAACCUGAAUGAGCAGGACUGGAAGGAGUUGAUGGAGGACUUCAAACGCUCUUUGCCUAUUGAGGACAUCCAGAAAAUUUUAGAAGAAAGCUUAGAGGACCGUAAAGAUCCUCUGGAACUGGCACUGGCUUCAGGUGGAGCUGGGGCAGUGGUUGGGGGAGCUGGAGGAUUGGCAGGAGGUGGAGGCCAGUCGUCUCAGAGUCUUCUUCCAGACUUGACCAGUGUCAAAGCAGAGUUCUCCCCAGCCUCUGCUGUUUUUGAGCAGGAUCCUCGCACCAGCUCCCCCCUUGUUAGGUCCACCUCCUCUGGUCCACCUCCCCACCCGACCAGCUCCCCUGUGGCUUCCUCUUCUGCUUCCUCUCCAGUUGUGCAACCAUCCCCAUUAGCUCCUCCUUCUAGGCCACUGCAGCCUCCACUGAACCACCUCAUGCCUCCGGGUCCCCUGGUGACCAAAGACGUAUCCCGGGCGCAGCAGCUGAAACAGAUGGCAGCCCAGAACCAGAGAGCCCAGCAGCACAAACAGCCCCAGAUGGGGACCAAGUUCCACAACCCCCCUCCCUGGCCCCAGAUGUCCAACAGCUCCCAGAGCCCCUCCCUGUAUCCUCCUGACUUCACUUCUAACUCCUCAAAGCAGUUGCUGAUGCCCUCUCAGCCCAACAAAGGCUCGCCGAAGUCUGGCGCAGGCAGCUGCAUGCAGGGGUCUACCGGGCACCCCAACAUGCUUGGUUCCCUGACCUCAGGACACCCACUUAGCCACCCCUCAGGACAAGGUACUCAGGUGUCCCUGAACUUCCACAACACUAGACCUCUGUCGCACUACGAGGCAGGACCGGGUCCACCGAGAGCCCCCAACGCUCAGAACCAAGACAAGACCCUCGGUCUGGUGCGCCCACAGCAACCACAAUCCAAACCCAACGGUAUAAACUUCCUUCAGCACAUACCACACUCACAGGACCAGAACACCUACCCUGCCCCUCCACACGGCACAGGCCCUGUCAACACCAUGACGCCUGGGCCCAAUAACAUGGUGGCGCCGCAGGGAGUGAACGCCUUGUCCAUUAAACGUAAUAACGCUGUGUACUCAAACAAACAGGCAGCAAUGGCAGCAGCACUGAAGCAGCAGCAGCAUCAAAUGUUGGAGCAGCAGUAUGUGCAGAGGCAGCUCAUGGCUGAACAGGAGAAGCAGCGUCAACAGGAGCAGCAGCAACAGCAGCUGCAGCGACACCUGACCCGACCUCCCCCACAGUACCAGGACCAGCCAGGACCACCAGCCAAUCAGAAUCCUUUUCCACAGCAGCCAGUCAGUCAGUUUACAGCGUCCUCUCAGCCAAUGAGCAGCGUUGGUUCAAUGGGAGGCCCCACCUCUGCAUCCCGUAUGUUUCCUCAGAACCAGAACAUGAUUGGAAUGAACAUGGAUCAGGGAGGUGGUCCAGGGGGGGGAGUGGCUCCAACCCCUGCUGUCAGCCAAGCUGACAUCGGUCUUCCAUCCUGUGGUGGGGGAGGGGCCAGCGCCGAUGGUCUGUACAACAACAUGAACCUGCACCAGACCCACCCGCCUCAGCAAGUGAGCCUUCAGUGUCAGGCCCUGGGCCCCAUAAACGCCUCCUUCAGGCAGAACAUCCUGCAGCAGCACCUGAAGCCUCAAGCCAGCACCAACUUGUUAAAGCAUUCGCAGCUUUCAGCCCGCAUGCCGAAUGCCAUGCAGGGCAGCUUGGGAGGUAGGAUGGGUGGGCCAAUGCAGGGAGCUCAGAGUGUCGCCUGGCAACAGCAGCUUUCCAGCCAGACACCUGUCAGUAAUGCAGGUGUGCCCCCCAAUGCCUUUAGCAACCCCUCCAGCACCUUUCACAUGCAGCAGCAACAAGCUCGCAUUCCCAAGAUGCCCCCUGGCUCCACCCCCUUUGCUUCUAAUGCCAUUGGACGAGGCAUGGCGACACUAAAUCCUGGGCAGCAGAUGAUGCAGACAAGCAUGGCUGCUACCCAGCAGAGAGCUCCACCAAACCCUCAGAACCUUGGCCAGUCCAUGGCCAAUCAGCAGCAGCCUCAGCAGCAACAGGCCAAUAAGAACCAGGCCAUCCUCUCAGACAUGGCUGCCUUUGGACAGCCCCAGACAAAUGGGCGCCAUGGGCUGCCAUGUAACCAAGGUUACCAGGUGAACAGGAGCACUGUGCAGCAGCAGCAGCAAGUGUUUGGUUACAACGUGGCGUCAGGCAGCUUUGCCGCUGAGAGCGACCUGGUGGACUCUCUGCUAAAGAGCCAGAGCACACAGGAGUGGAUGGCUGACUUGGAUGAGUUGCUCGCCAGCCACCCGUAGGUCCAACACCUAGAACCACUCAACUGGGAGGUUCUAGUUCUGAUGGGUCAGGCAGGAAAUGAGGCUCUGACUUCCUGUCUGCUGUGAGAAAAGCUGGUGAAGUUUGGUUAAGAUUCCAACACAAUGACCAAGACACACGGGACAAACUACUACUGACCUUAGAUCAGCUAAUGGUUGAAACACAAGAUGCCAUUUAGAAACCUGCUGUUUACUCACUCUCUCACACACACCUGGUAGAGAAGCACUGAGCGCUGAGAGAGCAUUUUACCAGUGAGUUUGGACAGUAACAUCCUACUGAUCAGUGUUUUCGUUAUAAACGGGAGCUGACUUUUAUUUUAAAAAGUCUGAAUAUCCAGAUUUUGUUACAUGCUUUCAUUUUUUUUCAGAAUCAUUAAGUAAUUUGAGUUAACCCCAAACUACCAAAGGGUUAAUUAGUCCACUCAAACUCAUAAAACAUUUUACAGUUGGAUAAAAGUUGGAGUCAAAAAACAUCUAGAAGAAACUCCUUACACUUGUGCUUCAGGUUUUUCUACCAGGAGUGUAGAGUGAGCCUCAGGCUAAAGAGCUGAAGUGUGUUUUAGUUUGUUAUGCGCUGCAGCUUUUACAGAUCGAGUCGCACUAAGACUACUACUGAACCACUGUCCUCACCCCACAGCACCCAUGGAAGCCGGCAGCCGCCCUCUGAGAGCAAACACAUGAUGUCAGUUUUAUUUCUAUGAGAGCGUACAGCGGCUUAUUAAAGGAGCACGAUCGUAUCAAGUUAAAUCAGCUUUUAUCUGCUGUCACAAAUACAAUGGGUCCAUUUUCAUACGCUAGGCAAAUUUAUGGAAACAUCAGCAGUAGUUUUUUUUUUUACUCCCAAGGUUUUCACUUUCAGUGAGAAAUCUUCAGUUUUCAUCUAAUCAUCUGAUGAAAGUCUAAACAAUCCUCAACUCCAUUUUAUGUCUGAAACAAACAUGCCGUACUUGAAGCAGCUGAAGGAUCCUGAAAUGUUUGAGUCUGCCACUAGAUGAACGCUCAGCUUGUCGUUGGUUUGGAGGUUGAGAUGACAGGAUGCUUCAGCGCCACACCGUCUCCAGAGCCUGGACCCAAACACAAGAGUUCUAUCUGCAGACGUUUCUGGGACCAAACUAUUUGCAGCUGUUUGGGUUUUCCCAGAUUUAAAUGAAAUGUUUUCCGAGUUACUUUUAUUUCCUGAUUUGAUCCAAACCGCUAAAAGGGAACCUAGCUGAGGAAAGUAAAUGUAUUUUAUUCACUACACUAAUCUUCGAAACCAAACAGUUUCUCCUUUGGUUUUCGGAUUGUUGGUAGCAGUUACAAACUAAAGUUUUACACUUUUCUCUUUCAGCUAAACUCAAACUAAAACUUUAGACUUUAUUUAAAAAUUGGAGUGAGUAAACUUUUGUCUCUCUUAAGAAAUAAUUAAGUAUGGAAACCAGUUACAGUAUGAAGAAAGUUAAUGGUGUUCCAUGGACACCAAAUUAAUUGAUUUUAAGUGAUUUUUACUUUUGAAAGUAAUAAAAUGUCUCCCUGUGCCUCAUUUGGAAAGGCAGCAUUGACCUGCUGUCAUUGCUCCCAUGAACUUGGAUCAGAACCUGCACCAUGACAUCAGAUUCCAGUUGAUGAAUGAAACGUUUACCACGCAGUGCUCUGAUUCUCCGGUUGUCCUGCUGUUUUCCUGGUUCCUUUCCUUUGUGCCGGUUUGUGUUUGGGGUUCUGGUUCUGCUGGGCCUGCCGGUGUUUCUGGGUUCUAUUGUUGUGAACGGGCUCUUUGUAAAUGUUUAUAAAUAUAUUUUAUGUAAACCUUUCCUAAUGUUCUGCAGAAAUAGAAGUUAUUUUUAUAUAUUGCAGCAGAUUUUUGUAAGUAUUUUGUACUUUUGAUAUGUUCUCUGUAAAACAAGAGUAUUAUGUAAAUAUAGUUCUUUAGAAACAAA